GAUCCGGCCGUGCGGCCUCCGUAGUUUUAGGGGGAAGCCCGGCGAACUUUCUCCGGUCGCCCCCGCUGGUUUUCGCCGGUGCUCUGUGGCUUCUCUUCCGGACUCUGCGCGCUUCGCUGAGCGCAUAAGUGAAAGGGAUGUGGGCUUCAGGGCCUGUCAAAGGAGAAAGCAGUGAGUGGUGCUACCAUGCACCUACCCCAGCGUCUCAGGGCACAAGUCCCCGGACCGGCAAAGAGAGAGAAACAGAAAAAUCUUCCAUCUGCUGGUGCACUUCCCUAAAUGCCUGCAACAGUCAGCCAACGCCAGAAGUCUGGGAUUCAGUCUGGGUCUCCUAUAUGGAUGACAGGAACCCAAAUACUUGGACCCGUAUCUGCUGCCUUCCCCUAAUACAUAUUAGAAGGAAGCUGGAUCAAAAGCAGAAUGAAAUAGCCAGGAUUUGAACCAGGCGCUUUGAUAUGGAAUGCAAGCCUUCCAAGCAGCAACUUAACCGCUCCUCCAAAUGCCUGCCCCUGUGCAUUUGUAAGCAUGUUUUUAAGUAUAAGCUGGAGCACCUGUGUAUGCCAAGAGGGGAAAGAAACAUUGAGAGAGCUUUUCAAGAUGGAGUCCGGAGACCAUUAAGAAAACGGGAAUUUUGUUCCCUUCAAGCCUGGAAACAUGAACUUUGACAACCUGCACCCUUUGACUACAAGCAUCUGAAAAGAUGGGAAGGCCCAGACAGAUAAUGAAUUACAGUUCAGGACACAGAAUUAUGGAUAAUAAAGCAAGAGUUUAUGAAAGGACAUCCCAAGGAAGGAACAGGCCAGUGUUGGUUUCUGUUCUCCAUGAACAAGAUUUAUCAGGCUGUUCAGUCGACAAAACCAUCAUCCAAAGAACAUGGAAACAAAAGCAUUUUUUAAAAAGUCAGUCUCUAUGAAAACAAAGCCUUGUGUAUUCAUGUUUGAAUCAAUCUCCUGUGAGAUUCAUGAAGAAAGUUAAAUUGGGGACAACACUCCAUGAACACCAAAGGAAUCUCUCAGUUGAUCCUUCAGAGUUCUUCAUCAGUGUUCUGUGAUCAUGACCACAUGGAUGUCUGUUCAUUAAAUUCAGCUGACCAUUUUAGUUAACUGCCUGGAUUGACUUCUAUGAAAAUUGAUCUAACAUCUCCCCUUUUUAAAGCCCUAGUGAAUUAAUCAGAACUUCCAAAACCAAAGAAAAAUAGAAAAAGAAAUCUUAGUGAAAGAGAAUUCAAUCUUAAAAACUAAUUACAACAAGGCAAGACUUACGUUUCUGUUCAUCUUCUAAGAACAAAUAUAAUUUCCACCUUAAAAAGGAAAAAUGAACACCACGUGUAUUGAAGAACAACAUGACCUGGAUCACUAUUUGUUUCCAAUUGUUUACAUUUUUGUGAUCAUAGUCAGUGUUCCAGCCAAUAUUGGAUCUCUCUGUGUGUCCUUUCUUCAAGCAAAGAAAAAAAAUGAACUAGGGAUUUACCUCUUCAGUUUAUCACUAUCGGAUUUGCUCUAUGCAUUGACUCUUCCUCCCUGGAUUAAUUACACUUGGAAUAACGACAACUGGACUUUCUCUCCUGCCUUGUGCAGAGGGAGUGCUUUCUUCAUGUAUCUGAACUUCUACAGCAGCACAGCGUUCCUCACCUGCAUUGCUGUCGAUCGGUAUUUAGCAGUUGUCUACCCCUUGCGAUUUUGUUUUCUAAGAACGAGAAGAUUUGCAUUCAUGGUCACCCUCUCUGUCUGGAUAUUGGAAAUCAUGUUCAACGCUGUCAUUUUGUGGGAGAACGAAACAACUAUUGAGUAUUGUGAUGGCAAAAAAUCCAAUUUUACUUUGUGCUAUGACAAAUACCCUUUGGAGAAAUGGCAAAUCGAUCUCAACUUGUUUAGGACAUGUACAGGCUAUGUGAUACCCUUAGCCACCAUAAUGGUCUGCAACCGGAAAGUCUACCAGGCUGUGCGGCAGAACCAAGCAACGGAAAACAGGGAAAAGAAGAUCAUCAUAAAACUACUUGUUAGUCUCACUUUGACUUUUGUCUUGUGCUUUACUCCCUUUCAUGUGAUGGUGCUGAUUCGCUGCAUUUUAGAGCGUGAUGUGAACUUAGAUAACCACAAGUCUGGGAAGCAGACUUACACAGUGUAUAGAAUCACAGUCGCAUUAACAAGCUUAAAUUGUGUUGCUGAUCCAAUUCUUUACUGUUUUGUAACUGAGACAGGAAGAUCUGAUAUGUGGAAUAUAUUAAAAUUCUGUAGUGGGAAGGGUAAAAAAUUACAAAGACAAAGAAAACACAUUCUUUCUACAUCUACAAAAGAUACAAUGGAAUUAGAAGUCUUAGAGUAGAAGAGUUUGGUUUUUUUCUUUGUUUUGUUUUGUUUUAAGGUGCAUGGUAUUAUAUCAUUAAGAUCACAUUUUGAAAAGGAAAUCUGUCAUGUGAGGAAAUUAAGUGAUCUGAGUGAAUAUUUUUAAUAAAGUCUAUACAAUGGAAAUAUUUUAA